GGUGCGCACCGAGCCGUGGCUCCUGCUGCGCUGCACCGCGCUGGGUCGGAGUCCUGGACUUCAUCGGAGGUCCGCUCGCUGCCUGGGCCAGCGUAGAGCCCGCCAUUUGCCCGGCCCCGAUCCGGGACUGAGCUGGGGGCAUGCUCCAGCCUCCCCAGAGCCCGGGAAGUAACCCAGGAGCGCCGCCGCCCAGUCCCGGCGCCCAGAGCGGAACCGCUGCAAAGGAACCCUGAACCGCCGCCCCCGCCCCACGGGCAGCCUCAGGGGGUCGGCGACUAAAGUCUGGAUUUCUGAGAACCAGGGUGAAAACCCUAACUGGACUCUCCUAGACCCUCAAGAAGGAGGCCUGAGCCAUCUUCUUUUCUACCCUGCCUGCCCCCCAGGACUGGGCAGUUGCUGAAGGCCCUGUGGGGGGGGGCCCAGGACUGUGGUUGUGGCCCCCCCCACUCAACAUGAUGGACCCAAGUUAGUCUGCCCAGCCUCAUCUAGCAUCCUUCAGGCCCAGAGAGAACCCCAGGGGCUCUGAAAGCUUGACCUGCCGCCUGUCAGCUAUGGAGACGAAGCUGCCCCCUGCAAGCACCCCCACAAGCCCCUCCUCCCCAGGGCUGUCGCCUGUGCCCCCGCCUGACAAGGUGGAUGGCUUCUCCCGCCGGUCCCUCCGCAGGGCCCGUCCCCGGCGCUCUCACAGCUCUUCUCAGUUCCGCUAUCAGAGUAACCAGCAAGAGCUUACGCCAUUGCCCCUGCUCAAAGAUGUCCCAGCCUCUGAGCUACAUGAGCUGCUGAGCCGGAAGCUGGCCCAAUGUGGGGUGAUGUUUGACUUCUUGGACUGUGUGGCUGACCUAAAGGGGAAGGAGGUGAAGCGGGCAGCACUCAAUGAGCUGGUGGAGUGUGUGGGGAGCACCCGGGGUGUCCUCAUUGAGCCUGUCUACCCAGACAUCAUUCGAAUGAUCUCAGUGAAUAUCUUCCGGACCCUGCCACCCAGCGAGAACCCUGAAUUUGAUCCUGAAGAGGAUGAGCCCAACCUUGAACCUUCAUGGCCACAUCUGCAGCUGGUAUAUGAGUUUUUUCUGCGUUUCUUGGAAAGCCCAGACUUCCAGCCCUCCGUGGCCAAGAGAUAUGUGGAUCAAAAGUUUGUCCUGAUGCUUCUGGAGCUGUUUGAUAGCGAGGAUCCCAGGGAGCGUGAGUACCUCAAGACUAUCCUGCACCGGGUCUAUGGCAAGUUCCUGGGUCUCCGGGCCUAUAUCCGCAAACAGUGCAAUCACAUCUUCCUCCGAUUCAUCUAUGAAUUUGAGCACUUCAAUGGCGUGGCUGAGUUGCUGGAGAUCUUAGGAAGCAUCAUCAAUGGCUUUGCGCUGCCCUUGAAGACUGAGCACAAGCAGUUCCUGGUUCGCGUCCUGAUUCCCCUGCAUUCCGUCAAGUCGCUGUCUGUCUUUCACGCCCAGCUGGCAUACUGUGUAGUGCAGUUCCUGGAGAAGGAUGCCACCUUGACAGAGCAUGUGAGUACCCCUGGGGGAAGGCGGGACCCUUAUCUCUGCAGGUCUAACUUCUUUCUACCUCAACCCCCACAGGUGAUCCGGGGGCUGCUCAAGUACUGGCCAAAAACCUGCACCCAGAAGGAGGUGAUGUUUCUGGGAGAGAUGGAAGAGAUUCUUGAUGUCAUCGAGCCCUCCCAGUUUGUGAAGAUCCAGGAACCUCUCUUUAAGCAGGUGGCUCGCUGUGUUUCCAGUCCGCAUUUCCAGGUUGCAGAGCGGGCUCUGUAUUUCUGGAACAAUGAGUAUAUCCUGAGCCUCAUUGAGGACAACUGCCACACUGUGCUGCCUGCUGUGUUUGGGACCCUCUACCAGGUCUCUAAGGAGCACUGGAAUCAAACCAUCGUAUCUCUGAUCUACAAUGUGCUCAAGACGUUCAUGGAGAUGAAUGGAAAGCUGUUUGAUGAACUCACAGCCUCCUACAAGCUGGAAAAGCAGCAGGAGCAGCAGAAGGCCCGGGAGCGCCAGGAGCUGUGGCAAGGCCUGGAGGAGCUGCGGCUACGCCGGCUACAGGGAACCCAGGGAGCCAUGGAGGCCCCCAUCCAGCGGCUUACACCCCAGGUGGCCACCAGUGGGGGUCAGAGCUAGGAAGCCUCCUGAAAAGGGAGAAGCUAAACCCAGAGCCGCCAGUCCCUCCAUCCCUUCACCUGCCCAGGGGCCCAGAGAGACACACACCUCCUGUAGGCCUUACCAGAGUGGAUUCUGAGGACUCCCUACCCAGCCUAGCUUUCACUGGGGGGAGACAAGGAAAGAAGAUGGUGGUCUUGGCAACAGAACUCUCAGGCCUCUGUGGCAGGACUUGAUCAGGGCAAGCUUGACCAGAAAGCUGCCAUCAGGGAUCUUUCCCUACCCCACAAAGCUGGACUCCAGGCUGCAGGCAGGCUCCUAGCCAUUGCUCCCAGCCUAGGGCAAGGACACUCAGCGCUUUACCUGCCCUUGCCUCGGGCCAGCUCGAGGUCCUUCCUUAUCCCCACCAUGGAGUCCAUGGUCUAUUUAUUCUUGCCCAGCUCACCCACAACACAGAUACUGUCCUGGGCCUGGGGCAUCCUCCUUCCCUCCCCUCCCUUGCCCUAUACUUCCUUGUCCCCUUUUUAUUUAUUGGGCAGGGGGAGGGGUGAGGGCACAGGCAAAAAAGAUUCACAGUGUCCUGGGGUAAGAGUCACAGUAAUAAUAGUUUAUCCCCCUUCCCCUGGCUGGGGGGUAGACUUAAUAAAAGAGAGAAACUCAAAAA